ACGAGAAUUUUUUUUUCUCCCCAAGCGAAGCGUGAACAGUUGUUAAGUGGAAAAUGGAGGCUGAAUUUUACGUGGCGAUUCUUACCUGCUUGAUCUUCACAAGUUUGGAAGGGUUUCAGAUUGUUCAUGUCCAGAAACAGCAGUGCCUUUUCAUAAAUCAGAAAGUGAUCGUGGGUUCAUGCAAUGGGACCAACCAGAACCAGCAGUGGCUGUGGACUCGGGAUGGAAAGCUCCAGCAUGUUAAAUCUGCUCAGUGCCUGGGUACCUCCAAAUCCUCUGGUGGUCCUUUCCAACCAGCUAUCUUCACACACUGCUCCCAGGCACCCCGAUGGACCUGCCAUGAGCAAGGGUUCCUUGAGAUGGAAAAUACAUCUUGCUUUCUUAAGAAACAAGGCUCUAAGGCAGUGAUCAAGAAGGGCAAGAAAUACCUCCAUAGCUGGAUGAAAAUAGAUGCCAAUGAGAAGGGAGAACUGGUCAGUGAAAGCCUCUGCUUAAAAAAAGCUCGCCCGGGAACAGAAGUUUCAGUGCGAAGCACUAGAAACACAACUCCUCCUCAGAUCCCCACCACAUUUAACACAGUUGCGUAUAGCCGAGAAAACCUUAUUAGGAACACCACAGAGACCUUCAUCUGGAAUGCUACAGCAAGCAGCACACAGAACAGCAGCCAGAGGAAUCACUCUAAUCUGCACAUGACUGAAAUUGCAGACACAUCAUGGGUUCCACUGACCACUCAGCCCUUCUCCAGCACCACUCAAGAGACUGGCCUGGCGGAGUCAGUGAGAUGUAACUUCACCCUGACGGAGCACAGAGUCUCCAGCCUGUGGACGUCCAUCCAGUGGAGAGCUUCAGGGUCACCCUGUAACUUUAGCGUCAUCUACAGCAGUGACACCUCCAAGUCCCUGUGGUGCAGCAUCAUUCAGAUAGACAACACCACCUAUGGAUGUAAUGCUAAAGAUUUACAGGCUGGAACCACCUAUCACUUCAGGAUUGUUUCUUUGGAUGGAGAAGAGAGCAGUGUGGUCUUGCAAACAGAUCCUUUACCUCCUGCUAGAUUUGAGGUCAAGAAAGAAACGAUUACUUCAAACAGCUUGCAAGUUAGGUGGACUCAUUCUCCUGGAAAAGUCACCUGGUAUGAGGUGCAGAUAUUUGAUGAUAAUAGCAAAAAGAUACAAAGGGUCCAACGUCAAGAAAGUACUUCAUGGAAUGAAUGCACUUUUUUAAACCUCACUGCUGGCCAUACGUAUAAUAUUGCCAUCACAGCUGUUUCUGGAAAUAAAAGUUCCUCUACAGUUUACACCAAUGCAUCAACAGCACCUUCUCCAGUAAAAGAUAUUGACAUUUCCACCAAAACUAAUUCUCUUCUGAUUUCCUGGUCCCGUGGUUCUGGGAAUGUGGAACAAUACAGGCUGAUGUUAACAGAUAAAAAUAUCGUAGUUCAUGACAAUAUUGUGGACAAACAUGAUACUUCUUAUACUUUCCGCGGGCUGAUCCCUGGCCACCUCUACAACUUCACUAUCGUGACCAUCGCUGCAGGACUACAAAAUUACAGAUGGAAAUUAGUCAGAACAGCCCCCAUGGAAGUCUCAAAUCUGAAAGUCACAAAUGAUGGCAGUUUGACCUCUCUAAAAGUCAAAUGGCAAAAACCUCCUGGAAAUAUAGAUAACUACAACAUUACCCUGUCUCAUCAAGGAAUCAUCAAAGAAUCCAGAGUAUUAGCACCUCAGGUUACUGAAACUCACUUUAAAGACUUAGUCUCUGGACGACUUUAUCAAGUAGUUAUCAACUGUAUCUCUGGUGAACUAUCAGCUCAGAAGACUGCAGUAGGCAGAACAGUUCCAGACAAAGUCAGGAAGCUUGAGGCAAAAAACAAUGGUGGGAUGAACUCCCUCGUAGUGAGCUGGUCUCCCCCUGCUGGAGACUGGGAGCAGUAUCGCAUCGUGCUCCUCAAUGGUUCUUCACCACUGCUCAACACCACUGUGGGAAAGGAGAAAACGCGUUACCUCGUGGAAGAUGUGGGGUUCAUACCGGGAAGACAGUAUGAAAUAGAAGUCACUGUUGAGAGUGGAAAUCUGAAGAAUGCUGAGCGUUGCCAAGGAAGAACAGUUCCCCUGGCUGUCCUCCACCUUCGGGUCAAACACGCCAAUGAAAGCUCACUGGGCAUCAUGUGGCAGACGCCUGUGGCACAGUGGGAGAAGUACAUCAUUUCUCUCGCUGACAGGGCUCUCUUACUCAUUCACAAGUCCCUCCCCAAAGACGCCAAGGAAUUCACUUUCACUGACCUGAUACCUGGACGAAAAUACACAGCUACAGUCACCAGCAUCAGUGGAGACCUGAAAAAUUCCUCUUCAGUAAAUGGAAGAACAGUGCCUGCUCAAGUGACCGAUUUGCAUGUGACCAGCCAAGGGAUGACCAGUAGCCUGUUUGCCAACUGGACAAAGGCACAGGGAGACAUAGAAUUCUACCAAGUCUUAUUGAUCCAUGAAAAUGUGGUCAUCAAAAAUGAAAGCGUCUCCAGUGAGACUAAUAGAUACAGCUUCCAUGCCCUGAAAUCGGGCAGCCUCUACUCCGUGGUGGUGACAACAGUGAGUGGAGGGAUCUCUUCCCGCCAAGUGGUAGUGGAGGGAAGAACAGUCCCUUCUAGUGUCAGUGGAGUGAUGGUGAACAAUUUAGGCCGAAAUGACUACCUCAGCGUUUCCUGGCUGCCGGCACCUGGUGAUGUGGAUAACUAUGUGGUGACACUCUCUCACGAUGACAAGGUGGUUCAGUCCCUUGUGAUUGCCAAAUCUGUCAGUGAAUGUUCCUUUAGCUCCCUCACCCCAGGCCGCCUUUACAACGUGACCAUAACGACCAAGAGUGGCAAGUAUGAAAAUCAUUCCUUCGGCCAAGAGCGAACAGUUCCUAACAAAGUCCAGGGAGUCAGUGUCAGCAACUCAGCCAGGAGUGACUACUUGAAGGUGUCCUGGGUGCAUGCCACAGGUGACUUCGAUCACUAUGAAGUCACCAUUAAAAACAAAAACAACUUCAUUCAAACCAAAAGCAUUCCAAAGUUAGAGACCGAGUGUGUAUUCGUUCAGCUUGUCCCUGGACGUCUGUACAGCAUCACUGUUAGUACAAAAAGUGGACAAUAUGAAGCCAGUGAACAAGGAAAUGGGAGGACAAUCCCCGAGCCUGUGAAGAAUCUAACACUGAAAAAUAGGAGCACUGAGGACCUGCAUGUGACUUGGUCACCAGCUGAUGGGGACGUGGACCAGUAUGAGAUCCAGCUGCUCUUCAAUGACAUGAAAGUAUUUCCUUCUUUUCACCUUGUAAAUACCGCAACCGAGUUUCAGUUCACCUCCCUAACACCAGGGCGCCAGUACAAAAUUCUGGUGUUGACCAUCAGUGGAGAUGUGCAGCAGUCAGCCUUCACUGAAGGCUUAACGGUGCCUAGCGCUGUCAAAAAUGUUCAUAUUACUCCCAAGGGAGCAACAGACAGCCUGAUGGUCACCUGGACCCCUGGCAGUGGGGACGUUGACUCCUACGUGGUGUCCGCAUUCAGGCAGAAUCAGAAGAUUGACUUUCAGACCAUCCCCAAGCAUGUCUCGGAGCACAUGUUUCACAGACUGGAGGCUGGGGAGCAGUACCGGAUUGUGAUUGCCUCAGUUAGCGGGUCCCUGCAGAACCAAAUAGAUGGUUUUGGGAGGACAGUUCCAGCAUGUGUCCAGGGAAUAAGCGCAGACAAUGCAUAUAGCAGUCAUUCCUUAGUAGUAAGUUGGCAAAAAGCCGUUGGUGUGGCAGAAAGAUAUGAUAUCCUGCUUCUGAAUGAAAAUGGGGUCCUUCUGAGCAACACCUCAGAGCCAGCCACCGCUAAGCAGCACAAAUUUGAAGAUCUAACACCAGGCAAGAAAUACAAGAUACAAAUCCUAACUGUCAGUGGAAGUCUCUUCAGCAAGGAAGCCCAAGCUGAAGGCCGAACAGUCCCAGCAGCUGUCACCAACCUGAGAAUCACAGAAAACUCCACUAGACAUCUGUCCUUCAGCUGGACUGCCUCAGAGGGCGAACUCAACUGGUACAACAUCUUUCUGUACAACCCAGAUCUAACUCUUCAGGAACGAGCACAAGUUGAUCCACUAGUCCAGAGCUUCUCUUUCCAAAACUUGCUACAAGGUCGAAUGUACAAGAUGGUGAUUGUAACUCACAGUGGGGAGCUGUCUAAUGAGUCAUUCAUAUUUGGCAGAACAGUCCCAGCCCCUGUGAGCCAUCUCAAGGGAUCUAAUCAGAAUAUGACAGACAGCCUUUGGUUCAGCUGGACGCCAGCCCCUGGGGAUCUCGACUUUUAUGAGCUGAUUCUCUACAAUCCUAAUGGCACUAAGAAGGAAAACUGGAAACACAGAGACCUGACAGAGUGGCGUUUCCAUGGCCUGGUCCCCGGGAGGAAGUACACACUGUGUGUGGUGACUCAUAGUGGAGAUCUCAGCAACAGGAUCACAGGAGAGGGCAGAACAGCCCCAAGUCCUCCUAGUCUUUUGUCAUUUGCUGAUGUUGCAAAUACAUCCUUGGCCAUCACCUGGAAGGGACCCCCAGACUGGACAGACUACAAUGACUUUGAGGUGCAGUGGCUCCCGAGAGAUGCACUCACAAUCUUCAAUCCCUAUAGCAACAAAAAAUCAGAAGGACGCAUUGUGUAUGGUCUUCGUCCAGGGAGAUCGUAUCAAUUCAGUGUCAAAACUGUCAGUGGUGAUUCCUGGAAAACCUACAGCAAACCAGUUUCUGGAUCUGUGAGGACAAAGCCAGAUAAAAUACAAAAUCUUCACUGCCGCCCUCAAAAUUCAACGGCCAUUGCCUGUUCUUGGAUCCCCCCUGAUUCUGACUUCGAUGGGUACAGCAUUGAAUGCCGCAAAAUGGACACCCAAGAAAUCGAGUUUUCCAGAAAGCUGGAAAAAGAAAAAUCUUUGCUCAACAUCAUGAUGCUAGUGCCUCAUAAGAGGUACCUGGUAUCCAUCAAGGUGCAGUCAGCUGGUGUGACCAGCGAGGUGGUUGAAGACAGCACCAUCACAAUGAUAGAUCGCCCUCCUCCUCCACCCCCACAUAUUCGGGUGAAUGAAAAGGAUGUGCUAAUUAGCAAAUCUUCCAUCAACUUUACUGUCAACUGCAGCUGGUUCAGUGACACCAAUGGAGCUGUGAAAUACUUCACAGUGGUGGUGAGAGAGGCUGAUGGCAGUGAUGAGCUGAAGCCAGAACAACAGCACCCUCUCCCUUCCUACCUGGAAUAUAGGCACAAUGCCUCCAUUAGAGUGUAUCAGACCAAUUAUUUUGCCAGCAAAUGUACUGAAAGUCCUGACAGCAAUUCCAAGAGUUUUAACAUUAAGCUUGGAACGGAGAUGGACAGCCUAGGUGGAAAAUGUGAUCCCAAUCAGCAAAAAUUCUGUGACGGACCCCUGAAGCCACACACUUCCUACAGAAUCAGCAUUCGGGCAUUUACUCAAUUGUUUGAUGAGGACCUGAAAGAGUUCUCAAAACCUCUUUUUUCCGACACAUUUUUCUCUUUGCCUAUCACCACGGAGUCAGAGCCCUUGUUUGGAGUAAUCGAAGGUGUGAGUGCUGGCCUCUUUCUAAUUGGCAUGCUGGUGGCACUGGUUGCCUUUUUCAUCUGCAGGCAAAAAGUGAGCCACGGUAGAGAAAGGCCCUCUGCACGCUUGAGCAUUCGCAGGGAUCGACCACUGUCUGUCCACUUGAAUCUGGGCCAGAAAGGUAGCCGGAAAACUUCUUGUCCCAUAAAAGUAAAUCAGUUUGAAGGGCAUUUCAUGAAGCUUCAGGCUGACUCCAAUUACCUGCUAUCCAAGGAAUAUGAGGACUUAAAAGACGUGGGUCGAAACCAGUCUUGUGAUAUUGCACUCCUACCCGAGAAUAGAGGAAAAAAUCGAUACAACAAUAUAUUGCCAUAUGAUGCCUCACGAGUGAAGCUGUCUAAUGUAGAUGACGACCCUUGCUCUGACUACAUCAAUGCCAGCUACAUACCAGGCAACAACUUCAGAAGAGAAUAUAUUGCCACUCAGGGACCGCUUCCUGGCACCAAGGAUGACUUCUGGAAAAUGGCAUGGGAACAGAAUGUCCUCAAUAUUGUCAUGGUGACCCAGUGUGUUGAGAAGGGUCGAGUAAAGUGUGACCAUUACUGGCCAGCGGAUCAGGACUCCCUCUACUAUGGGGACCUCAUCCUGCAGAUGCUCUCAGAGUCUGUGCUGCCUGAGUGGACCAUCAGGGAGUUCAAGAUAUGCAGCGAGGAGCAGCUGGAUGUGCAGAGACUCAUUCGUCACUUUCACUAUACAGUGUGGCCAGACCAUGGAGUCCCUGAGACCACGCAGUCCCUGAUCCAGUUUGUGAGAACUGUCAGGGACUACAUCAACAGGACCCCUGGUGCCGGGCCCACAGUGGUGCACUGCAGUGCUGGUGUGGGUAGGACUGGAACCUUUAUUGCAUUGGAUCGAAUCCUUCAGCAAUUAGACUCUAAAGACACUGUGGACAUCUAUGGAGCAGUGCAUGACCUAAGACUUCACAGGGUUCACAUGGUCCAGACUGAGUGUCAGUACGUAUACCUACAUCAGUGUGUAAGAGAUGUCCUCAGAGCAAGGAAGCUACGGAGCGAACAAGAAAACCCCCUGUUUCCAAUCUACGAAAAUGUGAAUCCAGAGUAUCACAGAGAUGCAGUCUAUUCAAGGCGUUAAGACUAUGCCUGAAGAUCUUCUGGAUAAAAAUUUUUCACUGUGUGAUUUAUUUAAAAAAAAGCUUCCUUGAUGCCCUGCAGAGGUGCCAGCUAUUUCUGUUGAUAUUAUGUAUAAUUUAUUAAUCUGGAGAAUGUUAAAGAAUUUAUGUAAUUUAAAGGUAACAGAUAUUGUUGUACAUAGUUAUGUUUUGUAGUUUCUCCUGUAAAUAUGUAUUUUUUCAUAAUGUUUAAUAUUAAGCUUUAUAUAAUACUAUUUUUCCACUCUGAAGUGUUUAUGGCUUGUUCUACAUAAGCUAGUGCAAUCAGUAUGACAGGGCUACAGGUGAAUUGUUUAUGGAGAUGGCUGCAGAAACAAUCCCUGGGGCUGUUUCUUAUCUAUCUAAAUACUCACUGAUCAAGACACGGGGCCAGACCACAGAGAAUGUACAGUAUGACUAGUUCUGCUGUAUUUCUGUCCUAGGAAUCUUGAGAUUCAAAGAUGACCCAGAUGCUACUAGUAGAAAUACAGCUAAAACAGACAAAACAAAACAAAAUAAAGGACAAGAUUAGAAUUUGGGGUACCUUAGUGGCAAAUGUAUGCUUAUUAUAUACAGGCACUAGGUUCAAUACCCAGCAUACACACACACACACACACACACACACACACACACACACAAAUAAUAGUAAUAAUAAUAAAAGAAAGAAAAUUAGGAUUAGGAUUACACAGCACCCAAGAUAAGCCAGGUCACUGUACUUAAACUAGUUGCUCUCUCCCCUUUCUCCUGCCAGGAUAUCAAGCCAAAAUGGUCAUCUCACAGGCUGUGUAACUUGCAGGGCAAGCCCAGGCUACAGGGUGUGUCAGAAAAUGGGUAUUUCCCUCUUCAAGGUAUACUUAUGAGACCCUACCAAAGAAAAAUUUGAAAAGCAUCUGGAAUCCUUGUAACUACCUGAGAGAAUAAACUAGAGAUGCUUGGCUUUAACUAGUAGUUACAUUUAUUGAUCCUACAGCUUUAUUUGUAGAAAGAAUAUAUUUUUCUUCAAAGUAUAUAUUUUUCCUUCCUAUCAUAAAGUCCCAUAAGUAACAAAAUGCAGGUAUUUGGUGCAAUAAUUUAAAAAUAAUAUAAGUAACAAUUUCCGAUGAUUUCACAUCCAGUCUAGAAGACUUCUUGGUGUUAUUUGAAGCUCGUAAAAAAAGGACACUUCAUAAGGAUACUUUGACAAGUAAUAAAAGGAUUUAAAAUUCUUACUGCUUUUCAUUCUCCAUUCCGCCUUUGUGAGGUGUCAGUGUAGGUUCUGACUCUGAAUCUUGACAACUAAGUUUGUAUCUAGAAAUGAAAAGGUACAACAGAGCUUUCAGUGUGGCAGAUACAGCACCAGAAAAAAUUAAGGGUCAAAGGUUCUUGAGCUGUGCUAUUAGGGAUCAUUUUUCCUACACUUAAAAAGAAAGCAAGAGAAAAACAAAACAAUCAAAACUAACAUUGCUUGGUGUAAAGCUCAUGGACACCUGGCAAGAUAAAAUUCAUUUUCGAUUUUAACUCACCCAGAAACCCUACCUACAAUCUGUGAAACUUUGCUCCAGAACUCACGUGCUUCUAUCCACAUCAAGCAGAUGUAUCAUAAUAACAAAGUUAGGUUUUUGUUACUAUUUUCAAUGCAACUUAAAAGUGAGCCCAGCUGAGGGCUUGAAAUAACCAAACCAGUGUAGAACAGCGGUCACCUUCCACAGGCUGCUCCCUGGCCAAGGCUGAGGCGGCUCCAGCUGUAAACCAUUAGAUUCAGAAGAAAAAGCAAUAAAUUACACAAACCAGGAAUAACAACUAUUAAAACAUACAUAUCUAUACCAGUGAAUAACAUGCAUACACUCUCGUAACGUCUAAGUUGAAGUCAGAAUUACAGAAAUGAAUACGACAGAGGAUAAUUUUACAUUCUUUUAGUCAAACUCAAGAAAUAUUGAUUCCUACUCCAUGGCUAAUUUUAAAUCUCCUUAGCAACAAAUAUUACACUAUCCUUCUUGUUCCCAGGAAGACUAAACACAUAACCUAGUUGAUCUAUUUAUUAAAUUUAGGAGAUAAAAAAGGUCUCCUUGACAUUCCACUGAAUUGGAUAUAUUUCCAUUUAAUUGCAUCAUGUGGCUGGGUCUUGGUAAACACUCUAUUUCCUGUUGUGGUGGGCAUCCUGUCUGUGCACCUGUGUGGUACACUUUAAUCAUCAAGGCUUCAAAGUGCUUUUAUGCUGUCACAUCUUGGGAGAGUUCUAUCUUGCAUCUCAAUAAUUAUUUAUCCAAGUGCCUUAUCAUUAACUCCUUUAAUCUCCUCUUAUUAAAGCAAUUUUGCAUUAUGAUUCUGUUGUUCUCUGGAAAGCAGCCAAUUUUUUGCCUCUUGAAUUGGGCUUUUCAAAGAUUCACAUCCCUGUCUAGGCUUGCACAUAUUUGUCCUAAGUAAUUUCCCAUCCCUUAGCAUCUCUAAUGCUUACUGGUUCACUGUUUACACCCUCCCUGUUGAGUAUGUCUGCCUUGCCAGUUGAAUGUGAUUAUAUCUCUUGGUUGUCUUAUCUCCAUUAGUAUAAUUUCAUAGACUCCACCCUACAGAAGAGAUGAGCAUAAUUUCAUUUUAAAAUACUAUAAUAGCCAACACAUACAAUCUGAGAUCAUUUUACUUGGAAUAAUCUUUAAUUAAUUUUGUUAUUAGCUCUUGAAAAAAAGCCCCAAAUUACAUGAAAAAAUAAUGUGAAGCUAUUUAGCAGAUGUCCAGCAAUACAAAAAUAGAGAACACAUGUUACACUUCACACUCUGAUUUUCUAGCUUUGGUGUCUAAGGAUCCAGUUUCUCAUAUUAAACAUUCCCUUUAUUCUUUGCUGUAAAAUUAUCUCCUGUAUAAUUCUCAUUUAGUUAGCUUUCUGGGAAUUCUUUGAGGUUGGAAUCUUGAAAUCCUAAAGCUACAAGAUCUGUCUGAUAGUAUCAGAGCCCCAGCCCGGAGAUUUUAGCCUGCACACAUGGACCAGACCCAACCUAAGCAAGAAACAAUGAAUAGGUAGCAAAGUAUUUGUUUAGCAGUGCAGGGGCUUUUCAGGUUUCAUUUCACUGAAAAAAUGAAAGUACUCAAUCAACCAAGACAAAGUGGCAAGAAGGAAUGAGCAAUCCUCCUCUGAGUGGCUGGGAACAAGCUCUCAGGCCUACUGAAGAAUCAAAGUAUAAUAUGCCAUAUUUUUCCAAAUGCCCUCUUAAUUUUCUGAGGAUCUUUGGUCUAAGAUUUAGAAUCACAUCAGGUAUUCAAAGAAUGUUUCAUAUCAAAAGAAACUCUGUAAAUCAUGACUGCAGAAGGCAAUGAUACAAAAAAGGGAAAACAUUUGAAAAAAACAAUUGAACCAGAUGUCAGGAAGAUAAAAAUGUCAUUUUACUGUGUGGCUGGACUGUUCUUUACAAACUCUUAUCAUAUAUAUCUGUUAGCAUAUACAGGUUGAACAUUCCUAAUCCAAAAAUCUGAAAUUUGAAAUGCCCCAAAAACUAAGGUUUCUAAGGACUCAACAUGACAACAUAGCAGAAAAUUCUACAACUGACCUUCUGUGACAUAUCAUAGUCAAAAUGCAGGUGCAUUCAAAAUGCUGCAUAAAAUUAUCAUCAACUUUUUGUAUAAGGUAGACAUGAAACAUAAAUAAAUUUCAUGUUUGGGCUUGGGUUCUAUUCCAAAGAAUAUCUAUAUCUGUAUCCAUAUCUAUAUCUAUCUACAUGAAUUCUCCAAAUUCCAAAAAUGUACAAAACAUAAAAUACUUAUAGUCUCAAGUAUUUCAGAUAAGGAAUAUUAAACCUUUAUCACAUUUUUAGGUAUUUACUUUGAUUAUAUUGGACUAAUGAUUUUGCCAAUUAAGCAAUUGAGUUGAUUCAUCCAGUUUUAUCAAUUGACCAGGUGUUUGACUAAGUGUACAGGGUUUGGCAUUUUAGACAUACUACCUUAGAUUCCUAUAGUGCAUGAUGACCUUGAAAAUAUUUGGCCAUUUGAGUUAAAAUGCAAGGUAACAUUUGAUGCAGCAAAAUCCUCACUGUUAUGAUAACAGCAAAAAUCUGUUCUGUUCUAAAAAUGUUUCUAGCAAUGAAAAUAUUUCUGGCUUAAAGAAUACUCGACUUGUAGGAAGGCUCCUUUAGAAUAAAUGCAUGUAUUUUAUUUAUAUAAAGCGUGUCUAUAUAGAUGCAUUUAUUAAAUAAUAAAAUUGUUGGUUAAUGCUCCUAAAGUAGAAGUUUAUAUAAUAGAAGUAAAAGACAUUAAAAGAUUUACCAAAAAUUAUUUUUAUAACUUAUAUGCCAAUGCACAUGAUGUUAUAUAAGACACCAAAAUAAGUUAUUCAGAACUGAAUAUGUCAGACAAAUGCAAUGUGUCCCUUCAAGAAUAGUCACAAGAUGAGUUAGUUAUGGCUGUUUUCUGCCUCAAAUAAUUUCUUUCAAGAAAUAUCGCCCUCACCCUAACAGUAAGUUUUCAGUUAUGAUUGAGAUACUGUGCUUCAGUUGCUGUGUGUAAAUAAACAACCCACCAAGAAAGGAACACAUGCAAUGGUAGCUUUAGGAAUCUAGCAGAGUUCAACUGCAUUCAUUUACAAGUUAGUGGGAGGGUCUGUGUUGGUGUCCAUGGAAAGUCCCAGUCUCACCCACGCUGCCAGGAGUCUGGACCAAUGUGCUCACCUGAACAGUACUUGAUCUCUCAUCUUCCAUGUGACACUGACCAGAUUUAUAAAUUCUUCAAAGACAGAGAUCAAGUCUUUAAUCUGUUCUCUACUACUACCUUAUAGAAAAUAAUUCAUGGUUCAAAGGCAUUCCACAUAAACUUUCCAUUGGAAGUUGCUCCUAACCUGAUACUUUGGAUGUUAGUGUCAGUGGCCUAAUUCUAAUGUCUAUGGAAGUUCAUCAGGCUCUGCCCUUUGAUCUGUAUGAAGCAUAAGUAUAUAAUGUAAAUAAAUCUAGCAACUGAGUUUAUUAUGUUCUAUAAUAGAGCACUUUUAUAUUUUUAAAAGCAUUUGUUUUUUCUUGGCAUAUCUAAUUAAAAUGGCAGUAAUUGAUUCCAUUUUUUGCAUACUAUAGCAUCUAGCCACAAUACUGUGUUUUUAACCAACCCCAUUUGAGCAAAGAACUUCACUAGUCUAUUUAAAUUAUGUAUUUGCUUAAUAUAUUUUCAUACUUGUAACUGUGAUAAAAGUCUAUAUAGUAUAUUGCAUACAUUCUCACCAGUAUAAAAAUAAAACUGCUGUUUAUUGAAGAA